GUUUUGGUGCUGGUGUGUGUGGUAAAACGUAGGGCAAAAACAAAGAAAUGGCCAGGACUUACUUAUCUGGGAGCUCCCUAUACGGCCAGAUGGUGUUAAUAAAGCACUCCGUACCAGUGAUAGUGGUCCAAAGCCACUGCUCCUGUGUUGCAGGAAGUGCUCUGGUAAAGGAAACCCUUCUUUACCAGACAGUGCACUACUCUCAACUAAACAUUCCUGUUGCACCACCAGUGGAUAUAUGCCUGAUAUGGGACCUUCUCUGCAUCUCAGAAACGUAUGCCAACUUUUCUCCACUUACUGCCCCUCUUCUGAUAUUUCCAUUGUCACCUGUUGUGCCCCUGGUUGGGUCCACCUUUGGGCCAGUGCAAUGCGGCAGUGUUCUGUCCUAUCAGCUUCCACAGCCAAAGACCUGUGAAAUUGUAAAGAUUGCCGAUGCCCCUUCUCCACCAAUACUUCCAUUAGAUGGCUACAGGCUUCAGGCUUCCCAGUGUGCUUACGUCCUUAGCCAUCAGGAGCAGUUCCACCUCAAUGCAUUAGAGACAACCUACAAGAUAUCACACAAAGUCGAGGUUGAACAUCAGCUCAGGAAAAUGAGAAUAACAUCCUCUCUUUUCCGAGAGGUUUGCCAUGUCCUGGGAGAGACCUCAGCUGACCACCUAGCUGAGCGGAUGUUCAAGGGAUCUGGUAUACAGACCAUGGAGAUGAAGAGGGGGCUAGCCAUGGAGCCAGUGGCUGUACAGGAGUACUGCACACUGAAGAUUGUUAACUUCUUCCCGUGUGGCUUCGUAGUGCACCAAGAUGCUCCGUGGUUAGGAUCCUCUCCAGAUGGCAUCAUAUUUGAUUCCAGUGUUAGACCACACUUUGGACUCUUAGAGGUGAAGUGCCCAAAUGUACCAAGUUAUGUUGACUGCUCUUACCUGAAGAUACAGAAUGGAGAACUGAUGUCCUUACCUGAAGAUACAGAAUGGAGAGCUGAAGUUGAAGAGAUCUCAUGCUUACUACUGGCAGGUGCAAGGUGAAAUCCUUCUCACAGGUUGUAGCUGAUGUGACUUUGUCAGCUGUGCACGGGAGGACAUCCUAGUCUACAGGUUUCAAAAACUAUAAGAGAGAAGGUUGACCACUUUUAUUUUUACCAGUACUUGCAGAAGUGUCUCUCGCACCUGAAUGGAUCCCCUGCAUGGGUGGCAAGUUUAGUGGUUUUAUGAAAAAUAAGUAUUGAUGUUCUUGUGAAGAAAUCUACAGUAGAAUAGAUUUGUUUAACAAAAUGUAUUUCAGCAAAUGUUCAACAGUUCAGUUAAUCAAUUACACAUCUAACAUUGUAUUCAAUCUUGCAUUCUGGUUAUUCUGUGUUUACUUGAUUUCUU